AUGGAGACUGAUUGCAAUCCUAUGGAGUUGCCCAAUAAUACAGGGUUUGAAGAGGAUUCUGAUUACAGAGACUUUGAAGGAACAGAUGUGAAAGAUAUGAGACUAGAAGCUGAAGCUGUUGUGAAUGAUGUUCUAUUCGCUGUCAGCAACAUGUUUGUCUCAAAAACCCUUCCCUGUGCAGAGGAUGUGGCAUAUAUCAAUGUGGAGACCAGGGAAAGGAACAGAUACUGCCUGGAGCUCACUGAAGCAGGACUCAGGGUAGUAGCUUAUGAUUUUGAUCAGACUGAUGACAGAUUGCAAACUCCAUACCAUGAAACUGUCUACUCCUUAUUGGACUCUCUCAGCCCUGCGUAUCGAGAGGUGUUUGGAAAUGCAUUACUACAAAGACUAGAAGCUUUGAAGAAAGAUAGUCAGUCAUGAUUUACCCAGAAGUGAGGAAGGUUUAGUGCUGGAAGGAAUUCUUAGUAUGAGGCACUGAGAUAUUUCUUACAAAAACAGUCACAAACAUCUUAAGCUUAAU